CAGAUGGCUGUAACACCGUAUGCCAGGCAGUUUAUAAUUAGGCUACAUCAGUAUUUCAAACCAAUUGUAGGCUACUUACAUUUCACUUAAUGGUGACAAAUGCGUAUGUUUUUGAAGUGACUUUCUUUCAUCAGUCAACAAACCAAAAAGUCCCCAACUGGUUGUGGGGCACCUCAGACCCAGAGAAGAACACCUAUCUACAACACACAGCGGCAGCUGAACUUCCAGAGAGGUCCGGCUGUGCAGACACACACACUGCUCCACCAGGAGGCUUCCACUCACAACCUCACACUCUCACUAAGCCUGUCUCCCAGCCAACCACCUGCUGGAUGUCCACUAUGGAAUCUCCGGGUCAGAAACGAGCCAGCCGCGGUGGGACUGCCACCCCACUCUCCCCAACCCGCAUCUCUCGCCUGCAGGAGAAGGACGACCUGUGCAACCUCAACGACCGGCUGGCCGUCUACAUCGACAAGGUGCGCUCGCUGGAGAUAGAGAAUGCUGGGCUGCGGCUGCGCAUCACCGAGUCCGAGACCGAGAUCAGCCGUGAGGUGACGGGCAUGAAGGUGGCCUAUGAGACGGAGCUUGCCGACGCCCGCAAGACCCUCGACUCGGUGGCCAAGGAGCGCGCCCGACUGCAGCUGGAGCUAGGCAAAGUCAAGGAGGAUUACAAGGAGCUCAAAGUCAGAAAUGGGAAGAAGGAGUCGGACCUAGAGGCAGCUCUGGCCCGGCUGAGGGAUCUAGAGGCUCUGUUGAACUCUAAAGAUGCCUCUUUGUCCACUGCCCUGGGGGAGAAACGCUCUCUAGAUGCUGAGGUCAGGGACCUAAAGGCCCAGCUAGCCAAGCUGGAGACAGGUCUGGGCGAUGCUAAGAAGCAGCUUCAGGAUGAGAUGCUGAGGAGAGUGGACGCUGAGAACCGCCUGCAGACCCUCAAGGAAGAACUGCAGUUCCAGAAGAACAUCUACGGAGAGGAGCUGAGGGAGUCCAAGCGCAGGCACGAGUCUCGCAUGGUGGAGAUUGACAGUGCAGGAACAAAGCAGGAUUACGAGAGUAAGCUGGCUGAGGCCCUGAUGGAGCUGCGAGCCCAGCACGAGGAGCAGGUCCGCAUCUAUAAGGAGGAGAUCGAGAAGACCUACACCUCCAAGCUGGAGAACGCCCGUCACUCCGCAGACAGGAACAGUACCCUGGUGGGGGCGGCUCACGAGGAGCUGCAGCAGACCCGCGUGCGGAUGGAGGGCAUGUCCUCCCAGCUCAGCCAGCUGCAGAAACAGCUGGCGGCGAGGGAGGCCAGGGUGCGUGAGCUGGAGGAGUCUCUGGCCCGGGAGCGGGACACGAUGCGCCGGCGCCUGGAGGACAAGGAGAGGGAGAUGGGGGACAUGCGUAUGCGAAUGCAGCAACAGCUGGAUGAAUACCAGGAGCUGCUGGACAUCAAACUGGCCCUGGACAUGGAGAUCAGCGCCUAUCGUAAACUGCUGGAGGGAGAGGAGGAGAGACUGCGUCUGUCUCCCAGCCCUCCCCCAACCCGAGUCACUGUGUCCCGUACCACCGGCUCGGGCUCAGCAUACACCCAUACCACCCGUACCUCGGGCUCAGGACACAGCCACAGCGCCCGAGUGGUCCAGUCCACCAGCGGCAGCCGCAACUCCUCAGGCACGGCUAGCGCCAAGAAGAGACGGCUCAAUGACAACGACAGCGAGACCUCCAGCCUGGCGGGGGGCGCCGUGACGCGUACACGCAUUGCCCAGCAGGCCUCCGCUAGCGGCCGCGUCACCGUGGACGAGGUGGACCUGGAGGGGAAGUACGUCCGCCUCAGCAACAAGGCCAACGAGGACCAGCUUCUGGGCCACUGGCAGGUGAAGAGACAGGUGGGCACCAGCACCCCCAUCGUCUACAAGUUCCCCCCCAAAUUCAACCUCAAGGCAGGACAGACCGUCACAAUUUGGGCUUCAGGAGCAGGCGGCACCCACAACCCCCCCUCAGACCUGGUGUGGAAGACCCAGAACUCAUGGGGCAGCGGAGACCUGUUCCAAACCAUCCUGGUCAGCGCCAAUGGAGAGGAAAUGGCACAGAGGAAGGUUACACGCACCCUGUUCCAGGAAGAUGAUGACGAUGACGGCAACCACAGUGCAUGCGGUGUGGACAGUGACUACAACCUGCGGAGCCGCACGGUGGUCUGUGGCUCAUGUGGCCAGCCGUCUGAUAAGAGCUGUGCCACCUCAGGGGUGUCCAGUGGCUCCUGCUCCAUCAGCAGUGGAGGAGGUCUGCCUGAGGGCCUGAUGUCUCCCCUCUUUAUAAUGGGUAGCAACUCACCCAGACAGGGAGGUCCCAGACCGGAGAACUGCUCCAUCAUGUAAAGCCAGGCAGGCACCAACUUACCUGGACAAGUACCCCCCACACCACACAUGGAUGGGAGAUGCCUUUUUUUCAAAUUACUUUUUUUAUUUCCUUUGUUUAAUGUAUGAUCUGUCUUAUUUUGUAUGACAUAAUCUGCAGGUUAGAUUGCCUUUGGUGUUUGGCAAAAGCUGUGUAUUCACUUCAGAUAUAUGAGCUUGUAUAUUCUAGUUAUUGCAUGUGGGCUGGGCAGAUGCUUUCACUGUUUAGGGCCAUAUCUAGGGAGAGAGGCACAGAAAGCACCUUUAACCAUUACAGUGGACUUUGAUCCAUAGUGGGCUUUUGCGUCAUGUCUAAACUGUCACAACACUAAACAUGCACAGCAGCAAACCCUGCUAUGAAUCAGUGGAUAUGGGGGCUGGAACCAGGGAUCUCAGGCCUGGUAUUCCAAAUACACUACCAUAGAAUGUCCUGAAUGUCACUAAAUGGAGAUGGAGUGAACCCCCUCUGACCGCUAGAGGAUUAUGGGGGUUUGUAUUAGACUGAGCGAUGGGAUUGGUCAUUCUAAAGCCAUAGCUACAAAGAGGAGCUCAAACUUGACUCUGCCAUCAAGUGGUUUAUAUUUCUGAACACAAGACAGUAGUUUUUUAUGGAAUGACAUAUUAUUACUCAUGAAACAAUCAGACAAUUACAAUUACCGGUAUGUCAAAAAUGAGCUACAAUCAUCUACAAAGAUUUAUCCACUGAAUAUAUUAAUAGAGGCAUGUACAGUAGUCUGGCAGCCUUUUUAUAGGAUGCAUAAGCAGUGAAGAGUUUCUGAGAAUACUUGAUACUUUAUGAAAUAUUUAAGUUUUUUUUGUACUUCAUACACAUUUCUAUCACUACCAAUUUGGAGAAAAUGUGAUUAUUCUCACUGCCCCAGACAUACCUUAGAGAAGCUCAAUAAUAUUUUUUACUUCUACAUAUAUAAUUACUUUUGUCACUUUUCAGCAUUUCUUUUCUCAUCAUGUCUCAAGUGCCUUAUUGAUACCUGCUAGUGAUCAUUGGAAAUUAUGUAUUCUUUUUGCAUUAUAAGGUGUCAAUUCCAAAGAUAUGCAAUAUUUUGUCUUUAAAGACAAUGGAAUUUAUAGAUUUACAGAGUAUGUUGGCUAUCGUUGCAUAUUUGUACGGAAAUUGCCCUUGUACAUAAUGCUCAAUUGAAUUUGUAAGAAAUGAUUAUACCUAAUAUGGGAAAACCAUGCAAUCCAGGUAGAAUGAAUUAGUGAUGAUUGACACAAUGAAAACUAUUUUCCCAACAAAUGCUGUCUUGUGGUUGACUUCUUAAUAAAAUGUCAUCUGUG